UGUCAAGCGGGAAAUUGUUUUCGUUUUUCGCAUGGAAGGACGAUCCCGAAACGGCAAGCGCCUGUUCCCUUAAAAUUAGAAUUGUUUGUAAACCGUAUCCAGCAAAACAAUCAAGUUUACAAUAGCUGACCAGUGCGUGUAGCGCAGAUUCAUAGAGACACGUGUGCUUUCCGGUUCUCUAUCCCACACCAUGGAGAACCUACUGCGGGGAUCGUCCAGCUUCAGCGAAGCGGCAAUGCUGUUUACCGAUGAAAAGAUUGCCAGCGCAAGAAGCAAGAUCGUUGAAGCAUUGAACGAAACGCAAACAGCAAAGAUCCCCCAGAAGUGUGAAAUCAUUGCAAAAGUGCAAGAGCUGCUGCUGCACACGGACGUGGAACUGUUGAAUGAGUUUCUCGAAAACAUACUAGUCCUUGCGCACGAUCCCGCUGGCGAUGUGCGGAAAGCGAUCGCCGGUUUCAUAGAGGAAGUAUGCAAACAGCACAUCGCAUUGCUUCCGAAGGUAGUUGGCACGCUGUUUUCCCUGCUCCGAGACUCCAUCCCGAACGUAACGAAACGGGUGAUUCAGGGCUGUGGGUCUAUCUACCGAUUGGCGAUACAAUGGAUCUGCCAGCUGGACGACAUCCCGGAGGAAGUGGAACAGGCGUGGAACACGCUGUGCCUCAUGAAGAUUUCCAUCCUGGACAUGAUCGAUGACGAUAACGAUGGAAUUCGAACGAAUGCGAUCAAGUUUCUGGAGGGUGUGGUGAUUCUACAAACCUACCCCGACGAGGAUAGUGUAAAGCGUGCGAACGACUUCUCACUCGCGGAUGUGCCACUCACGAUGAAACAGAUCCGCAGACGCAAGCUGGAAGAUGAAGCGACCAACAUUUUUGAGCUGCUACUACAGUUUCACGGUGCGUCACACAUUUCUUCGGUGAAUUUGAUCGCCUGUACGGGCACGCUGUGCACCAUCGCGAAGCUGCGUCCAACCACAAUGACGCGCGUAGUGGAGGCACUGAAGCAUUUGCACUCAAAUUUACCGCCAACGCUAACCAACUCGCAGGUCAGCUCGGUGCGUAAAAACUUGAAGAUGCAGUUCCUAAACCUGCUCAAACAUCCGGCCAGCUUCGAACACCAGGCGACGAUCGCACAGAUUCUGGUCGACCUGGGCGCGUCGAAUGGCGAGAUAACGCGUGCAAUUCCAAAGAUGGACAAAAAGGAACAGCAACGCCGUGCAAAGCGGGCGUUAGAAAACUCGAUGGCAUCGCAGCUUGCCGCCAAACGUGCCAAACUGGACGGACCGAUGCGAAAGGACAAGGACGACGGUUCGGCUGAAGUGCGUGAUCAGCCGCGCACCAUGGAGAUCGAUUACGACGAGCUGAACGAACAGAAAAAUCGUUCCAACCGGCAGAAUGAACAGUUCCUUCUGGAUGUGUUACCGAAGACGGAGCUGAUAGCUCAGCUGGUCAUUGCAAACAUGGACAAACUUACCGACCAAAUGCUACAAAGCGCAAAGCCCACUGCGGUGCUUUCGGUCGAGCAAUACAUUCAGAAGAUUGCACAAGCGUUGGCCGUUCAGAUGAGUGAGGUGAAGGCCGGUCCGGGUGCGUCUGCCUUCACAAAGGAUCCCCCGAUGAAGGUACGCAUCAGCGACGAGGAAGAGAAGAAUAUUAUCCUUUCCGGCAAACGCAAGCUGGGCGAUUCAUCCGCGGAACGAUCAUCCACACCGACCACCACCGAUCAGGCGGACGAUGAACUGCCGGACGGAGGAGCGGGCGAUGAAGAGGAAGACGACGAGGCGCUUUCCGAGGAGGACCGCAAGAAGUUGGAGGCAACGCGUAAGCUACGCGAAACGCUGGAACGUGUCAAAGGUGGCACGGCGGGCGGGGGCGAACCGAAGCAAAGGCAGCGCAUCAAACAGCUUAAGCUGCAGGAAAUCACAAAACCUCUCCCGAAAGCCACCAAGGAAGCGUUCCUGAUCGAUGCAGUGGCGCGAAUACUGAAGGCGGAACGGCAAGCCCUGAUCGGUGGGGUCAGCACGCAGCGGCAGCGCAUUAUAACGGCUUUCGGAUCGUCCUUCGUAAAUCCCGUGCGGGACGUGAUCAUGGAACACAUUCUGGAGGAUCUCCCGAAACGAAUCGAUCUCGCGUUCUCGUGGAUCUUUGAAGAGUACGGUCUGAUGCAGGGCUUCACCCGGUACACGCACGUCAAGCACGAUAAUGGCCCGCAGUAUCCCUACACCCAGCUACUGAUGCGCCUCGUGACGAACAUAAUCGAUCGUCCGAGGGAGACGUUCCGCCAGAAGGAAUCGCUGCUGAAGCGCAUCUACCUAGAAGCCCCGAUGCUCCCGCAGGAACUGUUCGACACGCUUGUGCGUAUGUGCGAGCUGGAAGAGCUAGCCGACUGUGGAAUGCAGAUCGUGAAGGACCUGCUAAUCCGGCGGCCACCGAAAGAACGUCAGUAUCUGGGCAUUUUGCUCAAGUACGCGUACUACGAAAAUGGGACGAUCCGCGAGAAAGCCAUCGAGUACGUAAUGAACGUGUUUGCCGUCCAUCGCAUCAUGACGGAGGAGAUCGAAAAGAAUGCACUCGCCUGGCUGGCGCACCUGGAGCAGGAAAACCCGUCCGAAUCGAUGUUUGCGGUGGAGUAUGGACGCGCCGAACAUCCGCGCACCUGGACGGAAGAGCUGGCGAAGGUGUGCCUUGGCCUGUUUCUCGAGGUGAUGGUGUACGAUCAAACGCUGCUAAUGCGCUUCUCGGAGGUGUACAUUAAGGCGACGUCCGAGAUGAAACGGGCCGUGAUACGAGCGAUCGAGGGCCCGAUACGGAAGAUUGGUUCGGAAAGCGAGGAACUGCUGCGACUGAUCGAACAGUGUCCGAAGGGAUCGGAAACGAUCAUCAUACGUAUUAUUUACAUACUCACGGAGAAAUCCCUUCCAUCGGCGGACCUGGUCGAACGGGUUCGCACGCUGCACCAAACGAAGGUGUCCGACGUUCGAUUGCUCAUUCCGGUCAUAAAUGGGCUAACGAAGAAGGAAAUCCUUAACGCGCUGCCCAAACUCAUCAAGCUGAAUCCGGGCGUGGUGAAGGAAGUGUUCAAUCGACUGCUGGGGAUCGGUGUCGAGUAUGGGGCGGCAGAGCUACCGCUAAACCCGGUCGAGCUGCUCGUAGCACUGCACACAAUCGAGACGAGCAAGGUGGAGCUUAAGUUUAUCGUUAAAGCAACCUCCCUGUGCCUGGCCGAGAAGGACGUGUACACGCACGAUGUGCUGGGCAGCGUGAUGCAGCAGCUGGUGGAGAUUUCGCCCCUCCCAACACUGCUCAUGCGAACCGUCAUUCAAUCGCUUACGCUUCACCCGCGACUGGCCGGGUUCGUGACGAAUCUGUUGCAGCGGCUCAUCCUCAAGCAGGUGUGGAAGCAGAAGGUCGUCUGGGAUGGGUUUCUCAAGUGCGCCCAGCGGCUGACGCCCCAAAGCCUGGGCAUACUGAUACAGUUGCCGGCCCAGCAGCUGCAGGAUGCGAUCACGAUCUGUCCCGAGUUUCGCGAACCGAUGCUGGAACAUGCGCGGGAAAUUAUGGAGCAUCAGAUUGGGCACGUGUCGCAGCAGGUGAUGGAUGUGCUGCUGGGCAUAUCUCCGUACUCAACCACCGAAUCGUCCGAUCUCCAGGUCGUGAGCAACUACAGCGAAGAAGCACCGAUGUCGUCCCACAUGCCGGUUAAAAUAAAGCUCGAAAAAGACGCCGACCCGCCGGCGGUCACACCGACACCGGCAACACAAGUUAAAGAGUAAUGGCACAUCCCCCACAAAAAAGAACUACAGUUAAACCACUAGAACCAGAAAUAAUAGCCAAUGUUCGCAGAAAAUAAAUGUAUAUUUUACAUUAAAAGUGUACAACAGUGCGCGCCUCCAUUUGCCCCAGGGAAUUGGCCGAUCGAUCAAGCAUCGUGGCCGCCGACCGAAAUCGAAUAAAAGUAUAAUACAAACAAGGAA